AUGACUCCCGUUGCUCAGGCGGUUACUGUGAGUCUGCAGGAACUCAUCGAUGGAACUGUCUCCUUCGACACCCUAACCGAAGCCUUUGGUCCAGCCUCGCUAGGCAUUAUUGUGGUCAAAGACCUUCCCGCAACAUUUGCAGAACUGCGCAAAACAGUGCUAUCAAAUGCCUCAUACCUGGCUGCCCUCCCAGAAAGCGAACUGGAAACACUCACCAGUCCAGAAUCCAAGUAUCUAGUCGGCUGGUCCUGCGGCAAAGAAACGCUAAAAUCAGGCCACUUCGAUACACUCAAGGGUUCGUACUAUGUCAACUGCGCUUUCUACCAAGACGCCUCACUAGAUAGUGCGCCUGCGGAGGGAUUCCCCGAUCUACCGCAGUACACUGCGCCCAAUAUUUGGCCAUCACCGAGCAGUCUCCCCGAAUUCCGGGACAGUAUUGAAUCGCUAUGCAGUCUAAUAAUCGACACAGCGGCGCUAGUCGCCCAAGCAUGCGAUCGCUACGCCGAGGCCAACAUCGACGACUAUAAACCUGGGUAUCUGCACCACGUCGUGACGACUAGUUUAACAACAAAAGCGAGAUUGCUACACUACUUCCCCGGAAAUGAGAGCACGACUGAUUCCAACCCCGACGCCGAUGACGACUGGUGUGCCACUCACGUCGACCACGGCUGUCUGACCGGCCUAACAUCCGCAAUGUUCCUCGACGAAGCGGCAUCCCCCCCAACCCUCGAAUCCGCUCCGUCCGCAUCACCGUCUAUCUUACCGGAGUUAUCGCAGUCCCCGGAUCCCGCAGCUGGGCUUUAUAUUCGCUCGCGCACCGACGAGAUCGUCAAGGUCAAUAUCCCGAAGGAUUGUCUCGCCUUCCAGACGGGCGAAGCGUUGCAGCUGAUCACGCGCGGGAAGUUGAUGGCCGUACCGCAUUUUGUGAAAGGCGCCAAAGCUAGUCCUGGGCAGAAGAUUGCCAGAAAUACCCUUGCGGUGUUUACGCAGCCGAAUUUGGCCGAGGAGGUUACUCCUGGUCUUAGUUUCGCUGAGUUUGCUAGGGGGGUUGUGCAGAAGAAUUACUAG